AUGAUCGUCGCACUGUUGCUGCCUUCAGAACGCGGAAUGACCAAUGGUCGGGUUAGCAUGGCCUACAUAGCUGAAGAAAAUUCGCAGAAGUUUCACUCGGAAGUGUCGGUAGAGGAAGAAGACCAAGAGGAGUCUGGUGAAGAUUCUGAAAGUGUUGGGGAAGAAGAAGAAGCUGAGACAGGAGCUGCCGCAGAAGAGCAAGAUGACAAUUAUUAUAAAGAGUAUACAACGGUUAACGUCGAUGUUGGAUAUGUCGAAGACGAAACCGAAAAGAAUCAGGAAAUGUCCGAAGAUGUAGAGUCAACCGAAGGCAAGAAGGUCAUUUCAGACAGCCAGCACCGUGACGAGUCAGAAAUGGUAGAGUCGGAAAUUCUGUUCACUGAUCACAGGGAAACCGGCCUCGAGGAAAUGGAGGAAACGUCACUCGCCAACCGUGAAGAAGAAGCCACGGAGUACCAGGUGACUGAAAUCGAAGAGGACAGACACGAAAGGGCUCCGAAAUUGACCGCCGUAUCGACGAACAGUCUGGACGACGUAAUAAGCGAAGGCGAGUACACAGAGGAGUCCAUGAAACCGGCGGUUAGAGAGACAGAGGAAGAGGACACGGGCUCAAAGAAUGAGUUGGAGGUGGUCCAGAUUGACGUCGAAAAAUAUGAGGCGAAUACCGAGGCCACCGAACCAGAGUCGCAGGCGGAAGAGAGCGACAUCAACGUCGUUUUGUACGACGUAGACGUCGAAGAGACGAUGGUAAGGAUAUAA